UUCAACCCACACGGUUUCCUUCGCAGUUGACCCAGCUCUUUGACUCGUUUGAGUGUGUGCAGUUGAUAUAAGAUUGAUAUAUAGGAGUUUAUGUAGAUUAGAUACAAGCAAUGUAAACUCUGAUAGGCAAGCAACCGACAAGAGCAGUUAUGGCGUCCAAAACUCUUGUAGGGGCCAUUGACCAAGGGACAAGCAGUUCAAGAUUUUUGAUAUUUUGCAGUAAGACGGGGGAGUUGAUUACCUACCACCAGACAGAGAUUCAGCAACUUCUUCCAAAAGAAGGAUGGGUGGAAGAAGAUCCCAAGGAAAUCUUGCAGUCCGUCCAUGUAUGCAUUGAGAAAGCAGUGGAAAAUUUGCAGGCACUGAAUCUGAGUGUCUCUGACAUUAAGUGCGUUGGUAUAACCAAUCAAAGAGAAACCACUAUUGUAUGGGACAAGCUGACUGGACAGCCACUCUACAAUGCUAUAGUCUGGCUGGAUACAAGAACUUCUUCAACCGUUGACAAGCUGAUUGCAAAGACCCCACAGAAAGACAAAGACCACUUAAGGGCUUACUGCGGGCUUCCCAUAACAACAUAUUUCAGCGCAGUGAAGUUGCGAUGGCUGAUGGAGAAUGUAGAGCCUGUGAGAAAGGCUAUACAAGAGAACAGGUGCUUGUUUGGGACAGUGGAUUCCUGGCUCUUAUGGAACCUGACAGGAGGUGUUAGUGGGGGUGUUCAUGCCACAGAUGUAACCAAUGCAAGCCGCACGAUGCUUAUGAAUAUUCAUACUUUGAGAUGGGACGAAAAGCUUUAUGGUUUCUUUGACAUACCAAUGUCCGUUCUUCCUGAGAUCAGGAGCUCCUCAGAAGUUUACGGCCAAAUGAAAAUGGGACCUCUACAAAAUGUUCCUAUAUCUGGGAUUUUGGGAGACCAGCAGUCAGCAAUGGUAGGACAGAUGUGUUUUAAGCCUGGGCAGGCAAAGAAUACAUACGGCACAGGAUGUUUCUUAUUAAUGAAUACAGGAACAGAGGCUGUGGAGUCCAAGCAAGGACUUUUGACCACUGUGGGGUAUCAACUUGGAAAGAAUAAGCCGGUGGUGUACGCCCUAGAGGGAGCCGUGGCUAUAGCAGGCGCCUGUGUGCGCUGGCUGAGAGACAACCUUGGGGUGAUCAAAACCUCUGAGGAAGUGGAGGUGCUCGCUGCUAAGGUGGACAGCACACACGGCUGCUAUUUUGUUCCUGCCUUCUCUGGCCUAUUCUGUCCAUACUGGCAGAUGGACGCAAGAGGAAUCAUUUGUGGGCUAACCCAAUUUACAACAAAGGAACACAUUGCAAGGGCUGCCCUGGAGGCUGUGUGUUUCCAAACAAGAGAGAUUCUUGAAGCAAUGGGUAAGGACAGUGGCAUCCCCCUCCAGUCUCUGCAGGUUGAUGGAGGGAUGACGGCCAAUCAGCUGUUAAUGCAGCUACAGACAGACCUUCUCGGAAUCAGUGUAGUUCGACCGUCCAUGCCAGAAACCACAGCGUUGGGGGCGGCCAUGGCUGCUGGGGCGGCAGAGGGGGUGGGGGUGUGGAGCCUGGACUCCAAGGACCUCAGCAAUAUCACCACAGAUACAUUCAACCCGUGUAUCAGAGAGAAAGAACGAGAUGCAAGGUUUAUUCGCUGGAAGCUUGCUGUUCAGCGAUCGAUGCACUGGGAGACAGCGGAGGAUGUAGUAGAUUAGAAAUCCAGCCUUGCCCACUGAGCACAAUUCCAGGAGGCAUCUUUAUAAUCAGCAGCUUAGCAAUGUUUAUGCUCUCAGAAAUUAUACCACAUAGGUGAUAGUGUAUUUUUAUCUCUAUUAUUUAGUUUAUAGAAAGCUUAUACUUUUUCAUGUUUUUUUUAUAUGACUUGAUGUGAAUUUACAACUUUUUAAAACAUCAAUCACAUGUCUAUUACAUGUAUUUAUGGGAACACAUGAUUAUUUACAAAGUUGCAUAUCUUAUUAGUUUACAUUUAUUUUUUGAGAGAGAAUAGAAAGGGUGUGGAUUUUGUUGCCUCAUAUAUGUGCUUAAUACGUUGUAUUGAAAUAUUCACACCAUGGAGAAAAGAAAAGAAAGAUUCACAGGUAAAUUGUUUUGUGGAACAUGAUUUUAACUCGUGUAACAUUAGACAAUGGUGCUAUAGGUACAUGCAGAUGAAAUGCAAGGUAUUGAAACUUUCAAAGAACUGAAGGAAAAUAAUUAUAUUCAUCCAAACAAACAUCUGUGAAGAUGAUAUGGAAACUUUAAUAUGUAUUCAAUUUUAUUGGCAUAUGCAUAUAAUCUUAAUUUGUCAUGAGAAUAGUCAGAAGAAUCAUAAGAUGGAUUAAUCAGUUGUGCAUAAAUCUUUCAAAGUUUCCUUCCAAAAUAUCUUUUGGUCAUGCAAUAUGUACAAUGUAUAUGAAUCUUUCUAGUCAUUUUGGUGCGUUCUUCUGACGUGGAAAUGUGUUAGAAUUAUUUUUCUUAUACAGCUGUUUUUUUUUAUAAACGAUUAAUGAGAGUGAACUGUGUUGUCAUAAUAUUAAUGAAAUCUUCUGUGAUAUCUGAAGUGCAUGUAUUUAAUGAAACUUUGUUCACAAUUUGAUUUAAGUAAAAGAUUCCAAGAAUGUU